AUGUCUAAGGAUGUUGAAGCCGGAAUCCGCGGCGGCUUUUCCGCCGGGGACUACCUCGAUCAGCCUCCAGCUCCGUUUUUCGACGCCGACGAGCUUUCCCGGUGGUCGUUUUACAGGGCCAUCAUCGCUGAGUUCAUUGCCACGCUUUUGUUUCUCUACGUCGGAGUGCUCACUGUGAUUGGAAACCAGAGGCAGUCUUCUGCCUCCGCCUGCGGCGGCGUUGGCGUUCUGGGUAUCGCUUGGGCGUUCGGUGGCACCAUCUUCGUUCUCGUUUACUGUACCGCCGGCAUUUCUGGAGGACAUAUAAACCCAGCAGUGACAUUUGGGCUGUUCAUGGGUCGGAAGGUUUCGUUGGUCAGAGCUGUACUGUACAUAGCAGCUCAGUGUUUGGGAGCCAUUUGUGGGUGUGGGCUGGUGAAGUCAUUAAAGAAGGCUAACUUUAAUGACCUCGGCGGUGGAGCCACCGAGCUCGCCGACGGUUUCAGUCCCAUCGCCGGCCUGGCCGCCGAGAUCAUCGGAACCUUCGUUCUUGUAUACACCGUCUUCUCUGCCACCGAUCCGAAGAGAAAAGCCAGAGAUUCCCACGUUCCUGUUCUAGCGCCGCUGCCAAUUGGGUUUGCCGUGUUCGUGGUGAAUUUGGCCACUAUUCCGGUCACCGGCGCCGGCAUUAACCCAGCUCGAAGCUUCGGCUCUGCAGUGAUGUUCAACAAACACAAAGCUUGGGAUAACCACUGGAUAUUCUGGGCCGGACCUUUCAUCGGAGCUGCAAUGGCUGCAAUUUACCAUGAAUUUGUUCUGAGAGGAGGUGCUGCGAAGACCUUGAGAUCCUUCCGGAGUUCCUCAAUUUAA